UGACAUAGCCAUCGAGUAUCAGUUUGUCGAUUCCGAGUUUCAAUUGCGUGAUUGGUCUGCCAAAGAUCGAUAUUAGCAAAAUAGUAACAUUGGCGCCCAACGAAAUAAACCCACAUUAGUUGAAAUCAUAAAUAACGUUCUAGUUCUGUCAACAGUCAAAGUGAGUGAAAAAUUGUGUGACAUGAUGGACAUCAACCACUUGGAAGAUGAUGAGCUUACUUUUGAGCUGGCACUGCGUGGAGUGAGGCCAAAUUUAAUUGUACACCGAUCAGUGAAACUUAAAAACCUGAAAACGAUUCUCGACAAAGAAGCCAAGGAGAAGAACAUCCCAACAUCUUCAACGAAUGUGAUGUCAGAUGUAGAUAAUAUCUACAACUGCCAAGCAAAAAUAUCACCUAUAGUUCACUUGGUAGAAACAGCUAUUCGACAAAAAUUAUAUUCCGACCUGAAAAAGUAUCGCUCACGUUUGCUGCAUUACCGCUUUCGUUUGACAUUGAUAACUGACUCAAUGAUAACGGCGAACGCUAACAAAACAAUUUCAAAACUAGAGGCAGCAUUGACUAGGAUAGAAGACUGCUUACAACAACAACAACAACAACCUGCCAACGUAGGAGGGCGGCCAGGAGAUCAGGAUAUCCUGCCCACGGAGAAGGAAACGUUAGAUAGACUUAAACAUUCAAAUUUGCAGUCGAGCAUAAAGGAGGUGGUGCAGCAACAUGUACUGCUGGGCCAGCAACAUAACAACGAUCGAGCGGAGCAACAAAGGAAUCUAGUGCUACAGGAUCAACAGGAACGGGAACAGCAAGGAAACCUCCCGCAGCAGCGAGAACAACAAGAACUAAUCCAACAACAAUUUCAACAACUGCAAGAGCCGCAACAAUGGGAUCGUCAACCGUGGACACAACAGCAACAACCGACCACACCGGCACCUUUGAAUUCGUCGCAACAUCCCCUGCAAGCGGACCAAACUUUACACGCACAAUUUCAAAAUUUAAUACGUCAGCAACAAGAGCAAAUACAACAGUUUGCCCAAUUACAAGUGCAGUAUGGACAACUUCAACAAAGCUUGGAAGAAGAGAAGCAAAGACGUUUCCAGCUCGAGCAUGAAAUUUCGAUCCAAAGGCAAGGUACAUAUCAAAAUUACUACGCCCACGAUGCUGUAAGGAGAGAACCUUUUGAGCCGUAUGCUAACGGAUUAACAUCGCCGCUUAACGCGCAUGCUGCCCAACAAAGCAGAACGGCAGAAAAUGGUCACCCAAGCAGAUUUUCCCAACCCCUACAUAGAUGGAAAAUAGAAGAGUACGGAGGAGAAAACAACAUCCAGAAGCUAGGCGAAUUUCUUAACCAGAUCAAAAUGUACGCGGAAACCGAAGGCAUGGAUGACACCACGCUGCUGCGAUCAGUUAAGCAACUGCUCAAAGGUCGUGCAUUCGAGUGGUACACCAGGACGUAUCGCUAUAUCCACACAUGGGAAGCAUUCAAAUUGGAAAUCAAAAAAGAAUUUCUGCCACCAUAUUAUUCGGAGAUUUUCAAACAAGAUUUGUACCUAAGAUUCCAAGGAGCAAACGAAUCGUUCACAUCUUUCUACAGAGAUUUGUUAUCAAUUUUUGAAAUCAUCGAGCCUCCGAUGCCAGAAUCUGAGAAGCUGUUCAUCAUAAAAUCCCAUCUUAACACCGAAUUUGUGCCAAUAGCAGCAGCGUCUCAGGUCACAACGGUGCAGCAACUAGUGAAAGUCUGUAAAGACUUUGAAGUAUCCCGAUCGUAUGCCAUGAAGAACCGCCCAUCAGCAAUGUAUCGUCCACCGUGGAACAAGCCAUUCCAACCUCAAAAUACUAGGAUAACCGGGAACAACUCGCCUGCUCAACAACUGCCAUAUCGAAACAUUGGUCGACAACAAGUCAAUAUGUUAGAGAACAACGUCAUAGAACAGGAAUCGGAGUUAGAACGAGAAGAAUAUCAGGAAAGAGAACUAACGCAACUAGAAACAGCAAUGAAUGCAGAGGAAGAGAUGCUGACGAUAACUGAGAACAUCAACGCUCUACACUUGAGGCAAGGACCAUUCAACAGAAACCCAAGAUACUCAGAGGACUCGACAAAUACAAAUGGUCAGAAAACGAAGAUAACACUCACAUGCUGGCAGUGCGAAACACCAGGACAUACCUACCUCAUGUGCCAAAACCCGAGAACAUUCGUAUUCUGUUUCACCUGUGGCCGAAAGGGUUGCACUACAAGGAACUGUCAGAGUUGUCAAGCAAGAUGGAGGCAACUAGCACCAGAAAAUCAACAGAGUUUUUCGGGAAACGGGAAAAGGGAGAGCCUUUAGAGGGGAAGGAGAACUCUUCCAACUCAAACAAGAUCCCCAACAUCGCUACAUUACCACAUUUUCGAGAAAUUGCAUCGCUUCUAAUC